AUUUAGCAGACGAAAAAAGAAAGAGUGAUGAAACAUGGAAGUAAACGUGUCUCUAGAGUCAUGUCAAGUGUAAGACAGAGGAAGAGAGAAGAGAGGUGCGUCAAAGACAAGGAACGAGAGAUGUCAAUCGCUGCUUUCUUCGGCGCGUGCAUUCUAGAGAGAGAGAUGGGCUCGAAGACGGAGAUGAUGGAGAGAGACGCAAUGGCUACGGUGGCUCCUUAUGCGCCGGUCACUUACCAUCGCCGUGCUCGCGUUGACUUGGAUGAUAGACUUCCUAAACCUUAUAUGCCAAGGGCAUUGCAAGCACCAGACAGAGAACAUCCAUACGGAACGCCAGGCCAUAGGAACUACGGACUUAGUGUUCUUCAACAGCAUGUCUCCUUCUUCGACAUCGAUGAUAAUGGCAUCAUCUACCCCUGGGAGACCUACUCUGGACUGCGAAUGCUUGGCUUCAAUAUCAUUGGGUCGCUUAUAAUAGCCGCUGUUAUCAACCUGACCCUUAGCUAUGCUACUCUUCCGGGGUGGUUACCUUCACCUUUCUUCCCUAUAUACAUACACAACAUACACAAGUCAAAGCAUGGAAGCGACUCGAAAACAUAUGACAAUGAAGGGAGGUUUAUGCCGGUGAAUCUUGAGUUGAUAUUUAGCAAAUAUGCGAAAACCUUGCCAGAUAAGUUGAGUCUUGGAGAACUAUGGGAGAUGACAGAAGGAAACCGUGACGCUUGGGACAUUUUCGGAUGGAUCGCAGGCAAAAUAGAGUGGGGACUGUUGUACUUGCUAGCAAGGGAUGAAGAAGGGUUUUUGUCAAAAGAAGCGAUUAGGCGGUGUUUCGAUGGAAGCUUGUUCGAGUACUGCGCCAAGAUCUACGCCGGUAUCAGUGAAGACAAGACAGCCUACUACUAAAGGUAUCCUUUAUGUUAAGUAAUUGAUCGAGCCAUUUUAGGCUAAUAAUCGAUCAAUGUGAAACUUGUGCCUAUACGGUAAAUGAAGGUUCAGGUAGUAGUAUGGACUUUUGGUCCAAGAGAUCUAUGUUUGUUUUGUUUUGUCCAAUUCUGUAUCGUAUAUUAUAAGUUGCAGCUCUAUAGAAAAGCUUCUGUAUCUUUUGUUGCCUUAGUCUCUGUUUGUACCAACCUUUUUCCAGUUAUUUCCAUUUUUACACUGUUAGUUAUUAUUGCCAAAUCUAUAGCUGAGUUUCUCUAUAGACUAUAGUAGUGUAAUGAAUAUGUUCACAUAAA